GGAAAGCGUGUGUGGAGUCACACAGGAGCGCUUCCGGGAGAAGCCGCCCCAGGCGGAACUUGUACAGACAGAACCUUCAGUCAUUUGACUCAACACCUGUAUUACCUGGCAGAGGAAGACCUCGGGCUUCAGCCGCCACAUCCUUGAUGGACCUGCUACUGUCAGUGCCUUACAAGAAAAAGAAAUCCAAUUGUGCCAAGCUUUCAUAAAUUUCCCACUUGUGCAUGAAGAUUUAAAAGUCACAAAAAACCCAAAGAAAUGGUAUUACCUGGCAAGAGAUCUGCUGUCUUUUAUGAAAAGUCUGAUCAAGAGUCCUGAAACCAGCAAAAUAAUCGUCAAAGAGAAGAAGUGUUGAGGAAUACAACUUGAACCAGAAUUUCACCGUGAGAACUCAGAUCUUUAGUGAGAAGAUCCACAUGUAUUAAAUUAGAAAUCAGUAGCAGGUGACAUUGGGAUAAGAAUACUUAGAAAAUUAUACCUGUGAAGGUUGACAAUGGAAAUCAAAGAGGAAGGAACGUCGGAGGAAGGCCAACAGUUCCUUCCAACAGCCCAGGCCAAUGAUACUGGUGACACUCAGUUCACAAGUAUUCAGAAGAACCCAAAUGAACCACAAUUGGAAUUCAUACUUGCAUGCAAGGAUCUUGUGGCUCCUGUUCGUGAUCGGAAACUGAAUACCCUGGUGCAGAUCUCAGUAAUCCACCCUGCAGAGCAGAGCCUAACGAGGUAUUCCAGCACUGAAAUUGUAGAGGGAACAAGAGACCCGCUGUUCUUGACUGGUGUCAUAUUUCCAUCCGAGUAUCCCAUCUAUGAGGAGACCAGCAUAAAACUGACUGUCUAUGAUGUCAAGGAUAAAUCUCACGACACGGUUCGAACCAGAGUCCUAUCUGAACAUAAUAAGGAUUCCCCACCAGAAGUCGGGCAGAGCUUCUUGGGGUAUGCGAGUUUUAAAGUGGGGGAGCUGCUGAAGUCCAAGGAGCAGCUGUUGUCCCUGAGUCUGAGAACCUCAGAUGGUGGCAAAGUGGUUGGCACCAUAGAAGUCAGUGUCGUGAAGAUGGGGGAGAUUGAGGACGGGGAAGCCGACCACAUCACGACAGAUGUGCAGGGACAAAAGUGUGCACUGGUAUAUGAAUGUACAGCCCCAGAAAAUGUGAGCAGAAAGGAUAACUUACCUUUUUUGAAUGCAGUGUUAAAGAACCCAGUCUGUAAAUUAUAUAGAUUUCCCACUUCUGAUAAUAAGUGGAUGCAAAUCCGGGAACAGAUGUCAGAGAGUGUACUUUCUUUCCAUAUUCCUAAGGAAUUGAUUUCCCUUCAUAUAAAAGAAGAUUUGUGUAGAAACCAGGAGAUAAAAGAGCUUGGCGAACUUUCUCCACACUGGGACAAUCUAAGGAAAAAUGUCCUGAUUCACUGUGACCAGAUGGUGAAUAUGUACCAAGAGAUUCUGACAGAACUUAGCAAGGAGACAGGGUCUUCUUUCAAAUCAAGCAGCAGCAAAGGAGAUAAAACAUUAGAAUUUGUUCCAAUAAAUCUACAUCUGCAAAGAAUGCAUGUGCAUAGCCCUCACUUGAAAGAUGCUCUGUAUGAUGUCAUCACAGUGGGAGCCCCAGCAGCCCAUUUUCAGGGAUUUAAGAAUGGUGGUCUUCGGAAACUGCUCCAUAGAUUUGAAACAGAGAGAAGAAAUACUGGAUACCAGUUUAUUUACUAUUCACCUGAAAAUACAGCGAAAGCAAAAGAAGUUCUCAGCAACAUUAAUCAACUACAACCUCUUAUAGCAACCCAUGCAGACCUACUACUUAAUUCUGCAAGCCAGCAUUCUCCAGACAGCUUGAAGAAUUCUUUAAAGAUGCUUUCGGAAAAGACAGAGCUUUUUGUGCAUGCCUUCAAAGAUCAGCUGGUCAGGAGUGCUCUUUUAGCUCUCUACACUGCCAGGCCAGGAGGCAUCCUUAAGAAACCACCCUCUCCUAAGAGCAGCGCAGAAGAGAGCCAUGCCCAGGACCAACCCCCACCAAUAAGAAGGCAGGACUCCAUUCCACAUCACUCAGACUAUGAUGAGGAAGAGUGGGAUAGGGUGUGGGCCGAUGUGGGAAAGAGCCUGAACUGCGUAAUCGCCAUGGUGGAUAAACUGAUUGAGAGAGACGGUGGCAGCGAAGAGAGCAGCGGUGGUGACAAAGAUGGAGAGAGGGAUCCUUCGCUAGAAGACUCCAUUGCAUCGCAUCCAAGGGAGGACUGGUAUGAACAGCUGCAUCCCCUCAUCCUCACCCUGAAGGACUGCAUGGGAGAAGUGGUGAGUCGUGCCAAGCAGUCCCUGACGUUCGUGCUGUUGCAGGAGCUUGCCUACAGCUUGCCCCAGUGUCUGAUGCUGACUCUAAGGAGGGACAUCGUAUUCAGUCAAGCGCUUGCUGGAUUGGUUUGUGGUUUUAUCAUCAAACUGCAUACAAGUUUACAUGACCCUGACUUCCUGCAGCAGCUGCAUACGGUGGGCUUGAUAGUGCAAUAUGAGGGACUGCUGAGCACGUACAGUGAUGAAAUCGGAAUGCUAGAGGACAUGGCUGUUGGCAUUUCUGACUUGAAGAAAGUAGCAUUUAAAAUAAUUGAAGCCAAAUCCAAUGAUGUCUUGCCAGUUGUAACAGGAAGACGUGAACAUUAUGUGGUAGAGGUCAAGCUUCCAACCAGAAUGUUUGAGUCACUACCUCUGCAGAUCAAAGAAGGGCAGUUGCUAUAUGUCUAUCCAGUACUUUUUAAUGUUGGAAUCAAUGAACAGCAAACUCUUGCUGAGAGAUUUGGUGAUGUUUCUUUGCAAGAAAGUAUUAAUCUGGAAAAUUUUGAACUCCUUAAAGAGUAUUAUGCGGUAUUUAUGGAAAAGAUGCCUCCUGAUUACAUUUCACAUUUUCAAGAGCAGAAUGAUUUAAAAGGAUUACUAGAAAGUCUUCACCAAAACAUCCAAGCCAAAAAAAGAAAGAACGUAGAAAUCAUGUGGCUGGCGGCAACGAUUUGUCGCAAACUAAAUGGUAUUCGUUUCACCUGCUGUAAAAGUGCCAAAGACAGGACGUCCAUGUCAGUGACACUGGAGCAGUGCUCGAUCUUGAGGGAUGAGCACCAGCUGCACAAGGACUUCUUCAUCCGAGCGCUGGACUGUAUGAGAAGAGAAGGAUGCCGCAUAGAAAACGUACUGAAGAAUAUCAAAUGCAGGAAGUAUGCUUUCAACAUGCUACAGCUGAUGGCUUUCCCCAAGUACUACAGACCUCCAGAGGGCACUUACGGAAAAGCUGACACCUAGCUCACCAACAUGUAAACAAACCCCAACACAAAAAUGUUUCCUUUGGAGAGCCUCCAUUUUGGUCUUUUUUUACUUUUUUCAUUGUUGUGAAUUUGGGCGGGGUGCUUACGAUUGUUUACCCAAAUUGAGGAAUUACUUGGUACUUCACAUCGCAUCAUUCGCAAGGAAAUUGUUUCUAAAAAUCAUAUAAAACAUUGUCAUGUGUAAUUCUAAGCUACUGUGGGCUGAUUCUCUACGGUUUCAUUUUAGAAAGGGUUGGUACCAUCUGUGGAAUAUUUAGAUGAAUGUCACACUAAGAAAACGCGAUCAGAGGUAGGGCUUUCCCUACAAAACAAAGAAGGUGAGGGUAAAAGGAAAGAGGUCACGUGGUGCUAUAUCACAGCCUUAAUCACGGACAAUCUGAGAGCCUCUUUGUAGGAUUUGUGAGAUAUUUAUUUAGCGAGUGGAACCAGGUAAAGUUAACUCAUGAGGUUGACUUCCGAAGCAGAGUGCAGGUGUGCUUGGAAAGACCAUCAUUGUUCCAUCCAGAUGUGGUUCCACCUCUGACUACAUCUCAGGACCAUGGUAUCUGGGAUUGUGUGACCAGCUGCGCAAGUGGCAGGACAGAAAGCUCAACAGUACAAUGUACAAAACACCGUGAGGGACUGAAUUGAUAAGGACAUGGAAGAUGAACAGUCGCCCAAAAUGAGAAUCUCCACUGCUUAAACUUUAUCCAGUGAAGUUCGUGAAAGUAAGAAAAAUAUCUUUUAAGGUGUUUUCUAGCGGUCCACUUUGUGUAAGUUUGCAAAGUAGCACAGACUGAUAUGCACAAAUAAAUCUUUUAAGACACAUGCACCAUAUCUCCUGAUAACACAAUAAUUUAUGUUUGCCUGAAUUUUAAAUUUGUCCUUUCUCAGUAAAAUCAUAUCAUUUAUAAGUUUUCUAAAAUUAUGAGUCAGUAGCUUCCUUAGGGUUCAUCUUGAUUAUCAUCAUUAUUCCAAAAAUGAGUAAACUGAGGCUGAUCACCUGGUUAGAAAGAAUUGCAGAAUGAUUGAAAUCUCUUCUCACUCUUCUUACCAUAGUAAGAAGGCUUGCUUGCCCUUCUCCAAAUUGUUAUGCUAAAUAUGUAUGAAAAUGAAGGAGAAAACCAGUAAAUUCAAAAAGAAAUUAGGAUUUUUUUUCACUGAAAUUGAAGUUCAGGGUAUAAGAGUCUGAACAAAUGAGACCCACUUUCCCCAACUGUUAAGAACUCGUUCUUUCUCCUUCAUCACCAGGGGAGCAUGCCAUACAGAGCGUCACUCUUCUUUGGAAGAGCUAGAGGCUCUUUACAUAGAAAAAACUCUUGGCGCUACCACAUUUAAUUGAUGAGACUGGAAGACUUUCCAUGGCAAAUGUGAUGGUUCCUUGCCUGAGAUGCCUAUUAUAAUAAGGAUUUCAAGGCUAUUUCUAGCACCGUGGUGACUUUUUCAAAUCUGAUGCUGCAAACUCAGGAUAAACUUUUGUGGUUUCUCACACCAGAAUUAGCAAUCGUUUAUUUCAGAUAAUAACAUAUUAUUGAAGCAGCUGCCAAACUGUUUGCAGCCUUAUCAAUAAAAACAGGCUGUACAUUCUGGGUCUAUGGAAAAAGUAGCUUGGUGAUCUACGUUCUACCUCAUUCUUGGUUUCAGUGAUUAAACAGAAUCUUUGAAUUGUUGAUUUUAUUUCAAAAUGGUAGGAUUUGUGGUUAUAUUAAUUGUCACUUUUGAUUUAAGAUGAAGAGUUUGGGAUGCCAGAGGUCUCCUUGAAAACUUGUGAGUCUUCAUGUAAUAGAUUAAAUGGAACCCUCAGUUGCAAGAGAUCUCAACCAAUCAUCACCAUGUAAAUAUUUUAUCAACAGUAGUUUUUGUUUAUAUUUUUUAAAGCAAAGCCUCAACUCCAAUUUAGAAAAAAAUAAUUGCCAGCUAGAAAAUGAACAACAGUGGAGUUUUUAGAAGACAUUUUAUAGAUUCUUUUUCUAG